UUCGACGUCGAAUUUUACACCGACUGUCAUAUGCCAAAAUAAUUGAUGGCGACAGAAAUAUAUCUUCCCCAACGAAUUAAAUGAUUAAACUUAUGUAAAAUCGCGGAAGAGUGUCAAAAAUACUUUUAGUUGUAAGUUCAAACCAUCCCGGUUAGUAAAUAGGCGCUUAUUAUACAAACAAUUUACGAGAAUGAGUUUUUUUGGAUUCGGACAGUCUGCGGACAUUGACAUAUGCCUCGACGGUCAAGAUAGCAGGAAAAAGGUCGAGGUGAAGACCGAGGACGGCAAGAAGGAGCUCAUGUUGUUGUAUUACGAUGGGGAGACGGUUUCGGGAAAGGUGAACGUCAGUUUGAAAAAGGCGGGUAGCAAACUGGAGCACCAGGGUAUAAAAAUAGAAUUCAUAGGCCAAAUAGAAUUGUUUUACGAUAGGGGUAAUCAUCACGAGUUUACCAGUUUGGUUAAGGAGCUGGCGCGUCCGGGCGAGAUGAUCGCGCACACGAGUUACACGUUCGAGUUUAGUUGCGUCGAGAAGCCCUUCGAGGUGUACACAGGCUGCAAUGUGAGGUUACGAUACUUUCUUAAGGUGACGAUCGUACGGAGACUGGCCGACAUAAUAAAAGAGGUCGAUAUAGCCGUUCACACGCUCUCCAGUUAUCCGGAGAUGAACAACUCGAUCAAAAUGGAAGUGGGAAUCGAAGACUGCCUUCACAUCGAGUUCGAGUAUAACAAAUCGAAAUAUCAUUUGAAAGACGUCAUCGUCGGCAAAAUAUACUUCCUUCUCGUACGAAUCAAAAUAAAGCACAUGGAGAUCGCGAUUAUAAAACGCGAGAUCACCGGCUCGGGACCGAACACGUUCACCGAAAACGAGACGAUCGCGAAAUACGAAAUCAUGGACGGGGCGCCCGUUCGGGGCGAGAGCAUACCGAUUCGCGUCUUCUUGGCCGGCUACGAGCUGACGCCGACGAUGCGCGACAUCAACAAAAAGUUCUCCGUUAGGUACUUUCUCAAUUUGGUCCUGAUGGACACCGAGGACCGUCGAUACUUCAAACAGCAGGAGAUCACGUUGUGGCGAAAGGGGGACCGUCUUCGAAAGUCCAACGUGCAAAACAAUCAGGGGCAGGACAUCAGCGAAGAUCAUUUCCUACAGAUCGUACCCCACCUACCCGACAGUAGCACGGUGAAAGCGGACGAUAAGGAAAUAUUCACGGGCGUCAGGUCGCCGACGAACGACGAGGACGUCUCCACCAGCGACACUUUCCUAGAGAACACCCCCAACGACAAUUUAAUACAGCACAUGCAACGAGAGGCGGGCGACGGCGAGCAAAACUCGAACCCCGAAAACGACGAGUGAUGCACGUAGUGAACGAGCGUUAAUAGCAUUUCUUUUGUAUAUUGGCAUUAUUAUGUUAUAGAUAUAAAUUUUUAAUAAUCAGAUUAUUAUUAUUAU